CCCGGCUGAGGGGUUUUAGUUUCGAUUGUACCGCGCAUAUACCAACCAUGAGAAAUAGGUGGAAUCUUACGGUGCUGCUGGGUCUAACUCUGCUGGCUCUUCAGGGGCCAACGGAAGCCAUGAGGAUGCGAGGUGAACCACUUCCGGGUUUGGCCAAUAUCGAGAGGCAUCGCUCCACCGAAGCUGUGCCCCAAGGUCGUGUGGCCGGUGGCACCACCGCCGCCGAGGGCAAAUGGCCCUGGAUAGCAAGUAUCCAAAAUGCAUACUCGUAUCACCUGUGUGGAGGCCUCAUACUCAACGAAUACUGGGUGCUCACAGCGGCCAGUUGCGUGGCGGGAUUGAGGACAUUAAGCCUGCUCGUUGUGACUGGAACUGUGGACUGGUGGGAUCUAUAUGCUCCGUACUACUCUGUGAGCCGGAUCCAUGUGCACUGCAACUACGACAAGCCGCUGUAUCACAAUGACAUAGCCCUGCUGCAGUUGUCGUCCAAAAUCGAAUUCAACGAUGCGACAACGAAUAUAACCUUGGCGGAUAUCGAUGAAUUGGAAGAGGGGGAAAAGUUGACCUUCGCCGGUUGGGGCAGCUCCGAGGCCAUGGGCACCUAUGGUCGCUAUCUGCAGGAGGCAUCCGGCACAUAUCUGCCGGUGGACGCAUGCCGGGAGAAGUUGCAGAACCAAGAUGAUGUGGACCUGGGUCAUGUGUGCGUCCAAAUGGACGCGGGCAAGGGCGCCUGUCAUGGGGACACCGGCGGACCGCUUAUCGACGAGCAGGAGCGCUUGGUAGGCAUCGGUAAUUGGGGUGUGCCAUGCGGACGUGGUUAUCCGGAUGUGUAUGCGCGUAUUGCCUUCUACAACGAUUGGAUCCGCACCACCAUGAAUGGAUGUACGAUCGCCUAGUCAUUGGUCACCUCCUAUCUGUGCACUGAGGAAAAUGCGGCUCAUCAAUUUGGCCAGAGAUUUUUAAUAUGACAAAUAUAUUUCAAAAGCACUAUUAAAUAUGAUUUAAUCAUUAAAGAAUG